GUUUCCUGUGAGGCAUGUUGUACCAAGUUGGGCUGCAUAACUCACCUUUGUUUUUUUCCUUCCCUUUCCUUCUUUAUUCCCCUUUUUUGCUUUUCUCCUCUAGCUGUGCUUCCUGUGUCUUCAGCCUUGAAUGUUACUGCUGCCUUAGGGCAGCCUGAAUCUACCCUUCCCCCUCCUUGCCCUCAGGCUCCCCAACAAUGCCCUCUGGCAACCCCUAACCAGCCUUCCCCAUUCCUUUCUCCCUCUAGUGUUGCCUCAACCCCUUUUGCAGCUCCUUUUCCUCAGUCAUCCUCUGUGACAGCCCUGCCUUUAGGAGUUGCCCCUUCCCCCACUGACACCCCAGCUUUCCUACCAAACCUACUAGGGCCUCCCAUCUCCCCAGCUGCCUUAGCUCUGGCCUCUCCCAUGAUAACUCCAACGCUGAAAGGUGCCCAUUCCUCUUCAGCUCCCUUGGCUCUGGUAGCCUUGGCUCCCCACUCAGUUCAGAAGAACUCUGCUUAUCCACUUAACCCUCUUAGUUCACCUUCUUCAAUUGCUGUGACUGAGUCAGGGUCAGUGACAUCUCUGUCAUCUCCCAUUGCUUCCUCAGAACCAAAGACCUCACCUAUUCAAGACCCCUUACAAGUAGACCCUCCACAAAGUACCCCCAUCCCUCCAGGUAUAGUCGGCACCGUUCCUUCCCAUCUUGGGACUCCAUUGGCCUCUGUUCAGUCUGGAGUAGUGUCAUGUCCUCAGAUGCUACCCACCACUCCCCCGACCAUCACUCCCCCUCAGUUCAAAGACAUCCCUGUUUCUUCAGCUCUGACUUCUCAACAAAACACUGAAAGCCUCAGCCUAAAGGGACCCGGUAGUUCACCUGCUGCCGUAUCUGUUUCUAUCCAGUCUACUACAGUGGCUCCCAACAUCUCUCCAGUUUUUCUCCCUUCUCUAGGUUCUCAUCCUGCACCUUUACAUCCGAGUUCUCUUGGUUCUCCUGUUCAGCCCUUAGGUCAAACAGGCCCUAAUGUUCUGUCACGUGCUAUAGUGGAUGCCACUUCUGUAGAUCAUUCUUCCAUAGGGGCCUCUUACCCUGCUCAGAGAUCUGUAAAUCCUCCCCCUCCUUCCAGAAAUGAGAUGGCUUCUGCUGCUGUGGCUGCUUUUCCAGUGGGGGCUCGAGAUUCCCCUAUGGCUCUUUCUGUUGACAAAAAUCCUUCUGCUGUCACUGGCAUAGCCUCCUGCAACCCCUCUGGUUCAUCAAAUGUAGCUACCUCUUCUCCAUUAUCUCCUACAGCCUCUCUCAUUCUCAAAGGCUCUCCUGAUGCUACUCAUCAUCAGCCUUUGGUGGCCCAAAUUCCUGUUUCUCCAGGGAGUCCAAGCUUGAAAGAAGCUCCUGUUAGUUCUGUUGGAACCACCCCAUUUAUUAUGGCUAAUCCCUCUACAGUUUCUGCAGCACCUGCUACCUUUGAGAUACCUACUUAUAUCUCUCCUCCAAUUUCAUCAAGUCCCAUAAGUAGUAAGGACGCCACUUCCCAUACUGCCCUGGUUAUGACUCCUGUGGCUCCCAAAGAGCUUUCUGCUCCUCAAGUAACAACCGCUCUGGGAAUACCAGUCUCUCCUCCUCUGCCAGCCCCUGAGAACCCCAAAAGUCUCCCUGCAUCAGUAUUGGUAAAGUUACCAACACAAAAAGAUCUCCAAACCGUACCUGCCUCUGUUGUUGGAGCCCCUGUUUCACCAGUCCAGGCAGGAUUCCCUAUCAAGAAAGACCCUACUCUAAUACCAUUGGCCCUGGCAGUCCCUAAAAAUCCCCCCUCUUCCCAAAGUACAUCACCAUUGGAGAUAUCUCUUUCUCCUGAAGCCACCUUAGCAAAGAAAAACCUUGGAGAUCCUCUCCCUGUAGUUACGCCAGUCAGUACUAUUCCCUCUCCUAUAGGUGUUAACUCACCAAUUUCUGUAAUUAAGACAGAUCCUUAUGCAAGCCCAGACCCCAGUAGUCUGCUUCCCAAAAGUUCUCUCCCUACUCCAACCAUAGCUACAUUUCCUGCUGCCACUGCUGGGGUGACUCCUAACACUACAGCCAGUCCUUUCCUAGGAGCUCUCUCUUUGGCUCAUAAAAGCCACCCAGAGGGUAGUUCCACUAUUAGUAUUUUACCAUCUGUUCCUCCAGCCUCUGAAAGUUGCCCUAUGGCUCCAACUGUGACUUUAUCCCACCAGAAUGUUUCUGCUUUUCCAGCUGCCAUGGCACUGGCCCCCGAAAUUCCCAAGUCUGAGCCCUUUCCCUCUCUUCCUCCUCAAGGUGCAAAGAAAGUUCAUGGUAUUUCUCAUACCUCGGCAGUGGAACCUGUGGCUUCCUCUCCUGAAGGGCACCCAGCCAAGGACUCUGGUUCUUCUGUUAAUGCAUCUUCUCAAGGAACUUCCCUAGUUGACUCCCCAUCUCCUUUAGAGACUAGUGUGUCUCCCCAAACUAAAAGACGUCCAACCAAGAAGGGUUCAACUACUUCUACUACCCCAACUCUUUCUAGAAGUGUACCUGCUAUCCCUGAUGUUCCUGCUGGAAAUCACUCAUCUACUAUUUCUCCAGUUGAAGCUUCCUUUCUUCCAGAGGCCAAUCUUUCUUUUCAAGCCCCUAAAGGGUCAUUGGCCAAGAAGCAUUCCCCCACUCCAUCCCCCAAAGAGGCCCCAGAUACCCCAUUUCCCAAAGAGGUUUCUACUCCCCCAGCUGUGGCUCCUCCCACCCCCAAAGGGGGCCCAGCAACCUCAUCCCCUAAAGAGACUUCUGCUCCUCCAUCUAUGACUCCUUCCUCCCUCAAAGAGUCCCCAGCUAUCCACCCUCCCAUAGGGGCGCCUACCCCACAAGCUGUGGCUCCUGCAUCUCCCAAAGAGUCCCAAGCAACUUCAGCCCCCAAGAGAGCCCCGACUGUGGCUCCUCCCUCCCCCAAAAAGUCCCAAGCAACUCCAGCCCCCAGGAGAGCCCCAGCUACUCCAUCUCCCAAAGGGACCUCUGCUGCCCCAGCUGUGGCUCCUCCUUCCCCCAAAGGGGGCCCCGCAAUCCCAUCCCCUAAAGAAACCUCCACUUCCCCAGCUAUGACUCAUUCCUCCCCCAGAGAAUCCCCAGCUACCCAACUUCCCAAAGGAGCUCCCACUACCCCAGCUGUGGCUCCUGCCUCUCCGAAAGAGUCCCAAGCAACUACAGCCCCCAAAGGGGGCCCAGCAACCCAAACCUCUGAAGAGACCUCCACUCCCCCAGCUAAGACUCCUUCCUCCCCCAAAGGAGGUCCAGCAGCCCCCUCCUCUAAAGAGACCUCCACUCCCUCAGCUAAGACUCCUUCCACCCUCAAAGGGGGCCCAGCAACUCCAUCCUCUAAAGAGACCUCCACUCCCCCAGCUAAGACUCCUUCCUCCCCCAGAGGGGGCCCAGCAUCCCCAUCCUCUAAAGAGACCUCUACUCCCUCAGCAAGGACUCCUCCCUCCCCCAAAGGGGGCCCAGCAGCCCCCUUCCCUAAAGAGACCUCCCCUCCCACAGCUAGGACUGCUUCCUCCCCCAAAGCUGCCCAAGCUCCCAGAGGGGCCCUGAUCCCUCAAGCUGUGGCUCCUGCCUCUCCCAAAGAGCCCCAAGCAACUCCAGCCCCCAAAAGAGCCCCAGCUACCCCACCUUCCAAAGGGACCCCCACUCCCCCAGCUGUGGCUCCUCCCUCCCCCAAAAAGUCCCAAGCAACUCCAGCCCCCAAAAGAGCCCCAGCAACUCCAUCUCCCAAAGGGUCCCCCAAUGAACCAGCUGUGGCUCUUCCCUCCCACAAAGAGUCCUCAGUUACCCAACCUCCCAAAGGAGCCCCCACUCCCCCGACUGUGGCCCCUCCCUCCCCCAAAGGAGGACCAGAUACCCCACCCCCCAAAGGAGCCCCCACUCCCCCGACUGUGGCCCCUCCCUCCCCCAAAGGAGGACCAGCAAUCCCAUCCCCUAAAGAGACCCCCACUCCCCCAACAAUAACCCCUUCCUCUGCCAAAGGGGCCUCAGCUGCCCCAUCUCUCAAAGGGACCUUUACUCCCUCACCUGUGACUCCUUCCUCCCCCAAAGAGUCUCCAGCUACCCCAGCCUCCAGAGGGACCUCAGCAACUCCAUCCCCCAAAAGAGCCCCAGGAACCCCAUCCUCCAAAGGAACCUCAGCAACUCCAUCCACCAAAAGAUCAUCAGCUACCCCAUCCUCCAAAGGUGUCCCCACUCCCUCACCUGAGAUUCCUCCCUCACCCAAAGAGGCCUGUAUAUCUCCAGUUUCAGUUACAUGUCCCUUGGGGUCCGUUGCCCCUCAGGCAUCUAAAGGCCUACCAAUGAAAGGUCCCGCAGCUCCAGAAAGCGUGCCAGUUGUCACAGCUCCCCCUGAGAAAGAUCCAUUGGCCAAGAAGAGUUCUGCUACUCCACCUCCUGUGUGCUCAGAUCCCUCAGCCAAGAAUGAUAUUAAAGGACCCCUUUCUACAAUGGCUCCAGCUUCUCUACUGACAGUCUCUGCUCAGAAAGCCUCUUCUCCAAAGACCCUCCCUGUUUCUCCGUUAAAAGGCAAAGAUUCUUUUCAUUCCCCAAAGAGCCCUUUGGCUCUUCCUCCUGAAUCUGUGACAUCUACCCCUCUAGCAGCAGCUUCCUCUGAGAUGGUCCUUCCUAAUGCUGGAUCAGCAUCUGUCUCUCCAGCACCCACCCCAUCAGUCUCUCUGCCUCUCGCUCCCUCCCCGGUUCCCCCUCUGCUUCCUAAACAGCAAUUUCUGCCGUCCUCACCUGGGCUGGUGCUGGAAUCACCCUGUAAGCCCUCAGCCCCUGCUGAUGAGGAUGAGCUGCCGCCUCUGAUUCCCCCGGAACCAAUCUCGGGGGGAGUGCCUUUCCAGUCGGUCCUCGUCAACAUGCCCACCCCUAAACCUGCUGGGAUCCCUGCCCCAACCCCCUCUGCCAAGCAGCCUGUUCUGAAGAACAACAAGGGUAUUUGCCUUGGUUUGCUGUGUGCAUGGUGUGUUGCCCACACCCCUCCUGGGGCCACCCACCAAUACUAACCCUAGGAUGCGCCGCUCCAGUGUAUCUGCUUGUGUUUGGACAUAGAACAUAGAAUGAUACCAUUUUAAAUGCAAAAGCUCUAGGUAUAUGAAACAAUCUUGGUUUUCAUCACCUCAGAUAGUCUGUUUUGUAUCAUCUUGUCUAAUGUCCAGGCCAACCCUGGAUCUGCCGUCUUUUUUACCUGAAUGAUCUGACAUUGAAAACCAAGACCUGUUAGAUCCUUUAAUGUGCUCUAAUCUCUGCCACAUGACUAACUUUGUCCCUGGGCCUGGGAUUUGCUAAAAUGUUGGGAAAUACGGAACUAUUUGCAUUUCUUUUUACUUCUUAGAUUUAGUAAUGACCAGUGCCCAAGGGACUCCCUGUCCAAGACCUUUUCCUAGCCUGAGAAUGGUGCAGGUGUAUGCUUUCUUCUCUCAGUAGUCUUUAUUGAUGCUUGGCCUUUUGAUUGAGGUAAACUUAAAAUGCGUGAAUUCUAUUUGGAAAAUGGGAGAGGUUACAGGACAGGAUCUAAAAGAGGUGAGAGAACUGUAGGUUGGCAGUCAUUGAGAAUCUUUGAGCUAUGAUGAUUAGACCAAAUUGCUUGGGUAAGUGGUUUAAAAAUAAGGCUAAAUGUGUGUACACAACUGCUUCUGGCCUUCCCCAACCCAGUCAGUAUAAAGGAUAAGGGGAAAAUGUUCUCUCUGGCCUGCCUUCACAAUGUGAACUUACUGCUUUUUCACUUAAAUGUAUCUGGAGAUACCUUGUCUGCCAGAACCUCUUUGAGAUGGUUGGGUGAUUGGGUAGAAUUUGUAGUUAGGUAGGUCAUUGGUAUUUGCCCGUUCCAGUAAGUAAAGACCUUGAGAAAGGAAGCAGUUACGGUUUAUAAACUGCUUGGCUGUAACUAGUACUUACCUCUCAUUUCUGGGGCUGGGUCUUUAAUGGAUGUGUACACACUAGUUUGUGACUAGGUUGAAGGCUUUUGAGCUGGCUUCACACAAAUCAGUUGGUUUACACUUAACUUUGUGAGGUCUAGCAUAAGCCAGUGAUAUCUAGUCCAGGCAGACUAUGGUAAGGUGCCUCCUCCUUAUAAUGUAGUAUAAAAUAGUAAAAGUUAUUUGUCA